AUGAGUGGUCCGUAUAUUUUACCCGAGGCAGAGCAUUUGCUUGGGGAGGAAGUUGAUUUUGAUCUAAAGCUGAGAGGUCAGAUAGUCGAUCGCAGAGAGACUUUAGAAGAUCGACAAAGAUUCCUUCGAAGGCUAUUGAUGGAGGAGAAAAAGGCUAAAACGGAGCGAAAAGGGAAACAUCUUUUUAAAGAUGAAAUCGAUCUUAUUAGGGAAAAAGUAGAAGCGAUCUCAGCCAGUUUAAGUAAACGAUUAGAUCGAGUGUUAGUCUCGAGAUUACGUCAUUAUCUUAUACGGGCACAUAGUGCCGUUGUUCAAGAUGAAGCUGAGAAACAGGACAAACGAGAAAUUUGCCAGCAGAUAGAGGAGAUAUUGAAAAGUUUCGAACUUAAAGUGUAUAUGGGUUCAGAGGAACCAUUGAAGGAGGAUAGGAAAGAUCAGAAGAUUUCAAAAACUAAAGUAGGUGAAGAGAGAGGCACAAAAAGUGCGGAAGAAGAGAAGAGUGGAAAUAGGAAAGAGGGAAAUAACGAAGAGAAAUCAGAAAGCGAAAUUGAUGAAAAAGCGGCUGAGAAGCAGAGAGAAUUAGAGGAAGAGUGGAAGGAAUUCAUACUAUGGAAACAAGAUAAGAUUUUUAAUGAUGCAAAGAAAAAGAGUGAGAAUGAUAAAGCCAAAAUGUUAGAAGCAGACAAGGAGAGGCAACGGAAACAGAACGUUGAUGAGAGGCCACCGGAGAGUACUAAGAGCCGGAAAUCUCGUUCUGACUAUAGACAGGAAGACGAAGAUAGUAAAAGUGAGACUGAAGAAAGCAGUGACGGAAGGUCGCCGGAGCGCAAUAAGAGCCGGAAGUCACUAAACGAGAAAGAAAGGAAGAAAGACAGUCAUAGGGUUGACCGACGGCCGCCGAAGAGCGAGAAGAGCCGGAAGUCACAUAGAGAACUUGAACGGACAGAGAAGUACGAUAGACGGCCGCCGGAGAGCAGUAAGAGCCGGAAGUCGCGAAGAAGCGUUAGCAGGGAAAUGAAAAGAAGAAACAAAAGAUACAGUUCAGAUAGCAGUUUAGAAAGAAGUGAGAAUGAGAAAUCUAAAAGAAGGUCAAGCAAAUAUAAUCAAAGUGAGUCAACAGAUGAAUGGGAAACAGAGAAAAAUCACAGAUCAGGAAGGUCGAAAGAUCGAAUGCGAAACACCGGACGAAGACAUCGUGGAAGAUCACUGUCGUCUUCAAGUUCGGAAUACAGUAGAAAACAUUACAGGAAAUCACGAGUAGAAAAUUGGGAUUUGAAUUUUUCAGGAGACGGCAGGUCGAUUCAGGUAGAAGAUUUUCUGAAUAGAAUUCAAAAGUUAGCACGACAUGAGGGAGUUUCCAAAGAUGAACUUCUGAUGAAUAUUCAUCGUAGGUUAAAGGGUGAAGCGUAUGAUUGGUGGUUCACUAGGGAAGCGCACCUCACAAGCUGGAAAAGGUUUGAAAACGAAAUCCGUUUCAGAUAUGGUAAUCCAAACAGAGAUCGAGGAAUCAGGGCUCAAAUUAGAGAAUUAAAGCAAAGGAAGGGCGAAACUUUCAUUGCUUAUGUAACAGAGGUGGAAAAGUUAAACCAGUGUAUGCACCGUCCGUUUUCGUCAAGAACUUUAUUCGAGCUGAUUUGGGAAAAUAUGCGCCCUCAUUACCGCUCAAAAUUAUCUGUUCUAGAGAUAGAUGAUUUAGAGGAUCUAAUUGAAAUCAAUCACAAGAUUGAUGCCAAUGAUCCAGGAUUUUAUAGACCGAAUCAGGGAAACAGAAAUGAUCUGCAUCACCUCGAGGUCGAGAGUGAUUAUUCGAGUCAUGAAGAGGCUGUGAACGCGUUGAAGCCCAACCAACGGGGUGAUAAACAAGUCACUUCAAAGCCUCAAGGUCCACAGCAGCAAAAACCAGCAAUAUCCGAGAAUCGUUUCCAAAGGCAACAAGAGCGAAUGCCGAAUACAAGCUCUACAGUAGUUUGCUGGAAUUGCAGAAGAACGGGUCACAUCUUCAGAGACUGUAAAUGCCCAAAACAAAUAUUCUGCUAUGCAUGUGGAAACAUGGGAAAAACUACCAGGAAUUGUAAUAACAAUCACACCUUUCCAAUUCGACGGGCAAACAAUCAGUCAACAAACUGA